UAAUAUUUCUUGAACUGCUUUUGCUGGCAGAAUUGAUCUAUUCGGGGGGGAAAAAUAAUCCAAGCCCCGAGAUUGCAAAUAUCGUGGGGAGUUUCUCAGAGAGCAGAGCGGGGCUUUCUGAGGCUUACUAGUGCUUUCUGGUGUAGGUUGUAAGGAGCAAGAUUUAAGGUUAAUUUUGGUGGAGGGGAAAAAAACGCCAAAGAAAAGACAGAAUCCAGAGUAGCGGAGACUCUGUGCCCCCGUUGGAGAGAUGGUUGAGUCCUCGUCAAGGUUGCUGUGGUAUCCCAGAAACACCAUUCACUCCGAGCUGUGACCGUGCACCAACAACAGCAACAACUCCACUGCGCUGGGCUGAGGAGCCAGAAUCCAGAGCUCGCGAAUAAUAUGAAAGGGAGCCGCAAAGGGGAAAGCAGAGCAAAGGAAUCCAAACCCCGGGAGCCUGGCACGCGAAGAUGCGCUAAAUGUGGCCGCCUAGACUUCAUCCUCAGGAAGAAAAUGGGGAUUAAAAGUGGAUUUACGUUUUGGAACCUCGUCUUUUUAUUGACGCUGUCUUGUGUAAAAGGUUUUAUUUAUACAUGUGGUGGAACUUUAAAAGGACUUAAUGGCACCAUAGAAAGCCCUGGUUUUCCAUAUGGAUAUCCGAAUGGUGCAAACUGUACAUGGGUAAUAAUAGCAGAAGAACGAAAUAGAAUACAAAUUGUUUUUCAGUCCUUUGCGCUAGAAGAGGAAUAUGACUAUUUAUCCUUAUAUGAUGGACAUCCUCACCCUACGAACUUUAGGACAAGGUUAACAGGAUUCCACCUACCACCCCCAGUGACAAGUACCAAAUCUGUGUUCUCACUACGAUUGACCAGUGACUUUGCUGUUAGUGCUCAUGGAUUUAAAGUAUAUUAUGAGGAAUUGCAGAGUAGCUCCUGUGGAAAUCCAGGGGUUCCACCCAAAGGAGUACUGUAUGGUACCAGGUUUGAUGUUGGGGACAAGAUUCGUUACAGCUGUGUGACUGGUUAUAUCCUUGAUGGCCAUCCUCAACUGACCUGUAUAGCCAACUCAGUUAAUACAGCUUCCUGGGAUUUCCCUGUUCCCAUCUGCAGAGCGGAAGAUGCUUGCGGAGGAACAAUGAGAGGGUCCAGCGGCAUCAUAUCCAGCCCGGGUUUUCCUAAUGAGUACCAUAACAAUGCAGACUGCACAUGGACCAUUGUGGCAGAGCCAGGGGACACAAUUUCCCUUAUAUUUACUGAUUUCCAAAUGGAAGAAAAAUAUGAUUACCUAGAAAUAGAAGGUUCUGAACCACCUACAAUAUGGUUGUCUGGAAUGAAUAUACCACCACCAAUUAUCAGCAACAAAAACUGGCUCAGACUACAUUUUGUUACAGACAGCAAUCACCGCUACCGUGGUUUUAGUGCUCCUUACCAAGGUUCUCCAUUGACCCACACUACCUCCACUGGUGAGUUAGAGGAGCAUAUCAGGACUGCCACUGGUGCUCUUGCUGUUGCUAGCACACCUGCAGAGGUUACUGCAUCCAGGGCUACAGCUGUCAGCAGCCAUAGACUUUCCGAGGAGCAGCGAGUGCAAGAGACAAGUCUCAGAGAUUCAGGUCUGGAUCACAACACAUCCAAGGACCAGCCCUCUCCUCAUCCAGCAGACACACAAAGUACAAGGAGAAGACCACGAAAUGCUGAACAGAUAGAAAGAACUAAAGAACUUGCAGGUGUUACUCAUAGAGUGAAAAAGGCCAUAGAUUUUAAAUCUAGAGGAUUUAAGUUGUUUCCAGGGAAAGACAACAGCAACAAGUUUUCUCUCUUAAAUGAGGGAGGUAUUAAAACAGCUUCCAACUUAUGUCCAGAUCCUGGAGAACCAGAAAACGGAAAGAGAAUUGGAUCAGAUUUUAGCCUUGGAUCCACUGUGCAGUUCUCCUGUGAUGAAGACUAUGUCCUACAGGGAGCAAAAAGCAUCACUUGUCAACGAAUAGCAGAAGUUUUUGCUGCUUGGAGUGAUCACAGACCUGUUUGUAAAGUGAAGACAUGUGGCUCUAAUCUUCAAGGACCAAGUGGCACCUUUACAUCGCCCAACUUUCCCUUUCAAUAUGACAGCAACGCACAAUGCGUCUGGGUCAUCACUGCCGUGAAUACAAACAAGGUUAUCCAAAUAAAUUUUGAGGAAUUUGAUCUGGAGAUUGGCUAUGACACCUUGACUAUUGGUGAUGGGGGUGAAGUUGGAGACCCAAGGACUGUGCUUCAGGUGCUGACUGGCAGCUUUGUGCCAGACCUGAUAGUGAGCAUGAGAAGUCAAAUGUGGCUGCAUCUUCAAACGGAUGAGAGUGUUGGAUCUGUUGGCUUCAAGGUUAACUACAAAGAAAUUGAGAAAGAAAGUUGUGGCGAUCCUGGCACACCGUUAUAUGGAAUUAGAGAAGGCGAUGGUUUUUCUAAUCGUGAUGUUUUAAGGUUUGAAUGCCAGUUUGGGUUUGAAUUAAUUGGAGAGAAAUCCAUUGUUUGUCAAGAGAAUAACCAAUGGUCUGCAAAUAUACCCAUCUGUAUCUUUCCCUGCCUGUCUAACUUCACUGCACCGAUGGGCACAGUCCUUUCCCCUGACUAUCCAGAAGGCUAUGGAAAUAAUUUAAAUUGCAUCUGGACCAUAAUCUCUGACCCAGGGAGCCGCAUCCACCUUUCAUUCAAUGACUUCGAUCUCGAAUCCCAGUUUGACUUCCUGGCUGUUAAAGAUGGUGACUCUCCAGAUUCCCCCAUUCUGGGAACCUUUACCGGGGCCGAAGUGCCUUCUCACCUUACAAGUAACAGCCACAUCCUGCGACUGGAAUUUCAAGCUGACCACUCCAUGUCAGGACGUGGCUUCAACAUCACCUACAAUACUUUUGGCCAUAAUGAGUGCCCUGAUCCAGGAAUACCCAUCAAUGCCCGUCGCUUUGGAGACAACUUUCAAUUAGGAAGUUCCAUUUCUGUUAUUUGUGAAGAAGGGUUCAUUAAAACCCAGGGGACAGAAACAAUAACAUGUAUUCUCAUGGAUGGGAAAGUAAUGUGGAGUGGACCAAUUCCAAGAUGUGGAGCUCCAUGUGGUGGCCACUUUUCUGCUCCAAGUGGAGUAAUUCUCUCCCCGGGAUGGCCAGGAUACUACAAAGACUCUUUGAAUUGUGAGUGGGUGAUUGAAGCUGAACCCGGACACUCUAUCAAAAUUACAUUUGAAAGAUUCCAGACAGAACUAAACUAUGAUGUUCUGGAAGUACACGAUGGACCAAAUCUUCUGUCACCCUUGCUUGGGUCUUACAAUGGCACACAAGUGCCACAGUUUCUGUUCAGCAGCAGUAACUUUAUAUACCUUCUGUUUACAACAGACAACAGCCGUUCCAAUAAUGGAUUCAAGAUUCAUUAUGAAAGUGUCACAGUGAACACAUACUCUUGCCUGGACCCUGGCAUCCCUGUCCAUGGCCGUCGAUAUGGGCAUGAUUUCUCCAUUGGAUCAACUGUUUCAUUUAGUUGUGAUCCAGGAUACCGACUGAGUCACGAAGAGCCCCUUCUUUGUGAGAAAAACCACUGGUGGAGCCAUCCACUUCCAACCUGUGAUGCAUUAUGUGGAGGAGAUGUGAGAGGCCCUAGCGGGACAAUCUUAUCACCAGGUUACCCAGAAUUUUAUCCAAACUCUCUGAAUUGUACAUGGACAGUUGAUGUAACCCAUGGAAAAGGUGUGCAGUUCAACUUCCACACUUUUCAUCUAGAAGACCACCAUGACUAUUUACUGAUCACGGAGAAUGGUAGUUUUACCCAGCCCCUGGCACGCCUCACUGGUUCUGAACUUCCUUCAACAAUCAACGCUGGUCUCUAUGGAAACUUCAGGGCUCAGUUGCGCUUCAUUUCAGACUUUUCCAUAUCAUAUGAAGGAUUCAACAUCACAUUCUCUGAAUAUAAUCUUGAGCCUUGUGAAGACCCUGGAAUUCCUCAGUACGGUAGCCGAGUUGGGUUCAGCUUUGGAGUUGGUGAUACUCUGACCUUCUCAUGUUCAUCGGGUUACCGACUGGAAGGUUCUUCGGAGAUCAUCUGUCUUGGCGGUGGCCGGCGAGUGUGGAGUGCACCUCUGCCAAGGUGUGUGGCGGAAUGUGGUGCAUCUGCAACAAAUAAUGAAGGAAUUCUGCUUUCCCCAAAUUACCCACUCAACUAUGAAAACAACCAUGAAUGCAUUUACAGUCUCCAGGUUCAAGCAGGAAAGGGCAUCAAUAUUUCAGCCAGAACCUUUCACUUGGCACAAGGAGAUGUUCUGAAGAUUUAUGAUGGAAAGGACAAAACAACACAUCUCUUGGGUGCCUUUACGGGUGCAUCUAUGAGAGGACUGACACUCAGUAGCACAUCGAAUCAGCUUUGGCUAGAGUUUAACUCUGACUCUGAAGGGACAGAUGAAGGCUUCCAACUUGUCUACACCAGUUUUGAACUUUCACAUUGUGAAGACCCAGGCAUUCCCCAGUUCGGAUACAAGAUCAGUGACCAGGGCCAUUUUGCUGGCAGCACCAUCAUCUAUGGAUGCAAUCCGGGCUACACUCUCCAUGGAAGCAGCCUUCUCAAGUGCAUGACUGGGGAGAGAAGGGCCUGGGACUACCCUCUGCCUUCCUGCAUUGCUGAAUGUGGGGGUCGUUUCAAAGGAGAAUCAUCAGGAAGGAUCCUGUCCCCCGGCUAUCCCUUUCCAUAUGAUAAUAACCUUCGCUGCAUGUGGAUGAUUGAGGUAGAUCCAGGAAACAUUGUAAGCCUACAGUUUCUUGCCUUCGAUACAGAAGCAUCCCAUGAUAUACUCCGAGUUUGGGACGGUCCACCAGAAAAUGAGAUGCUGCUAAAAGAAGUUAGUGGAUCUCUGAUUCCUGAUGGGAUUCAUAGCACGCUCAACGUGGUGACUAUCCAGUUUGAUACGGACUUUUACAUCAGCAAAUCUGGAUUUGCAAUUCAGUUUUCAAGUUCAGUUGCCACUGCCUGUCGUGACCCAGGAGUCCCCAUGAAUGGGACACGGAAUGGGGAUGGACGAGAACCUGGAGAUACAGUUGUUUUUCAGUGUGACCCUGGAUAUGAGCUUCAGGGACAGGAAAGAAUAACCUGCAUUCAGGUAGAAAAUCGAUACUUCUGGCAGCCCAGCCCACCAGUCUGUAUAGCACCUUGUGGAGGCAAUUUAACAGGAUCUUCAGGCUUUAUCCUUUCGCCAAACUUCCCUCAUCCGUAUCCGCACAGCAGGGAUUGUGACUGGACGAUCAGCGUCAAUGCUGACUACGUUAUCUCCCUGGCCUUCAUCAGUUUUAGCAUAGAACCAAACUAUGACUUCCUCUAUAUAUAUGAUGGACCAGACAGUAACAGCCCACUGAUUGGAAGUUUUCAAGACAGCAAGUUACCAGAACGAAUAGAAAGCAGCUCAAAUACCAUGCACUUGGCUUUUCGGAGCGAUGGAUCUGUCAGUUACACUGGAUUUCAUUUAGAAUACAAAGCAAAACUCCGGGAAUCCUGCUUUGAUCCUGGCAAUAUAAUGAAUGGUACUAGACUUGGAAUGGAUUAUAAAUUGGGGUCAACCGUCACCUAUUACUGUGAUGCUGGCUAUGUUCUCCAAGGGUAUUCAACACUCACUUGCAUCAUGGGAGAUGAUGGAAGACCUGGAUGGAAUAGAGUUCUACCAAGUUGUCAUGCACCCUGUGGAAGUCGUUCAACAGGUUCAGAAGGCACUGUCCUAUCACCAAACUACCCCAAAAAUUACAGUGUGGACCACAAUUGUGUCUAUUCUAUAGCAGUCCCCAAGGAGUUUGUGGUGUUUGGCCAGUUUGUAUUUUUCCAGACAUCACUCCACGAUGUUGUUGAGGUCUUUGAUGGGUCAACUCAGCAGUCUCCUCUGUUAUCUUCCCUCUCGGGAUCCCAUUCAGGAGAGUCACUUCCACUGAGUUCAGGUAAUCAGAUCACAAUUCGAUUCACCUCAGUUGGACCCAUAACAGCUAAGGGAUUUCACUUUGUUUACCAAGCUGUUCCUAGAACAAGCUCUACACAGUGCAGUUCUGUGCCUGAGCCAAGGUUCGGAAGAAGAAUUGGCAAUGACUUUGCAGUUGGUUCAUUGGUCCUUUUUGAAUGUAACCCAGGAUACAUCCUCCAUGGCUCCAGAGCCAUUAGGUGUGAUACAGUGCCUAAUUCGUUGGCUCAGUGGAAUGAUUCCUUACCUGCUUGCAUUGUGCCCUGUGGGGGAGUUUUAACUAAGCGCAAAGGGACUAUUUUGUCUCCUGGAUAUCCUGAGCCUUAUGACAACAAUUUGAAUUGUGUUUGGAAGAUCACAGUGCCAGAGGGAGCUGGCAUUCAGGUCCAAGUGGUCAGCUUCGCUACAGAACAUAACUGGGAUUCUCUGGACUUUUACGAUGGGGGAGAUAACAACGCACCGAGACUUGGAAGCUAUUCAGGGACAACAAUACCCCACCUUCUGAACAGUACAUCCAAUAAUUUAUACCUAAAUUUCCAGUCAGAUAUCAGCGUCUCUGCUGCAGGAUUUCACCUCGAAUACACAGCAAUUGGUUUGGACUCUUGUCCUGAGCCACAAACUCCAAGCAGUGGAAUCAAAGUUGGAGACAGAUACAUGGUUGGUGAUGUGGUGUCCUUCCAAUGUGAUCAAGGCUACUCCCUUCAGGGACACUCUUAUAUCACAUGUAUGCCUGGACCUGUAAGAAGAUGGAAUUAUCCAAUCCCCAUUUGCUUAGCUCAGUGUGGUGGUUCCAUGUCAGAUUUCAGUGGUGUGAUCCUCAGUCCUGGUUUUCCUGGAAACUAUCCGAGCAGCUUAGAUUGCACAUGGACAAUAAAGCUGCCCAUCGGCUUUGGUGUCCAUCUCCAGUUUGUAAAUUUUUCUACAGAAACCAUACAUGAUUACUUGGAAGUACGGAGCGGAUCCUCAGAAACUAGUACUGUCAUUGGCCGACUCAGUGGUCCUCAAAUACCAUCUUCCCUGUUUAGCACAACCCACGAAACUAGCUUGUAUUUUCACAGUGACUAUUCACAGAACAAACAGGGAUUUCAUAUUGUGUAUCAAGCCUAUCAGUUGCAAAGCUGUCCUGAUCCUCGCCCAUUUCGAAAUGGGUUUGUCAUUGGAAAUGAUUUCACUGUGGGCCAAACCAUUUCAUUUGAAUGUUUCCCAGGAUACACACUAAUCGGCAACUCAGCUCUCACAUGUCUUCAUGGCGUCAGUCGGAACUGGAACCAUCCACUUCCAAGGUGUGAAGCUCUUUGCGGUGGGAAUAUAACUGCAAUGAAUGGUACCAUUUAUUCUCCUGGUUAUCCUGAUGAGUAUCCAAACUUCCAAGACUGCUUUUGGCUUGUAAGAGUCCCCCCGGGGAAUGGAAUCUACAUCAAUUUUACUGUUCUUCAAACAGAACCCAUCUAUGACUUCAUUACUGUGUGGGAUGGUCCCGACCAAAAUUCACCCCAGAUCGGACAGUUUAGUGGCAAUACUGCACUGGAAUCAGUAUACAGCACUUCCAAUCAAAUUCUAAUCAAAUUCCACAGUGACUUCACGACAAGUGGCUUUUUUGUGCUCAGCUAUCAUGCCUACCAACUAAGAGUGUGUCAGCCUCCACCACCUGUACCUAACGCAGAAAUUUUGACAGAAGAUGAUGAAUUUGAAAUAGGUGAUAUUAUCAGAUAUCAGUGUCUUCCAGGAUUUACACUGGUUGGCAAUGCAAUUCUGACAUGCAGAUUGGGAGAGCGGCUUCAGAUGGAUGGGGCACCUCCAGUUUGUCAAGUGCUCUGUCCUGCCAAUGAAUUAAGACUGGACUCGACAGGAGUCAUACUGAGUCCUGGAUAUCCUGAUAGUUACCCAAAUCUGCAGAUGUGUGCCUGGAGCAUCUCAGUGGAAAAAGGCUAUAACAUCAGCAUGUUUGUUGAAUUCUUCCAGACAGAAAAGGAGUUUGAUGUUCUUCAGGUGUAUGAUGGACCAAAUAUUCAGAGUCCGGUGCUUAUUUCCCUCAGCGGAGAUUAUUCAAAUGCUUUUAAUGUAACAAGCAAUGGUCACGAAGUAUUUCUUCAAUGGUCCGCAGAUCAUGGCAAUAACAAGAAAGGCUUCAGGAUAAGAUACAUUGCCUUCUACUGCAGCACCCCGGAAUCGCCGCCCCACGGAUACAUCAUCAGCCAGACAGGCGGACAACUGAACAGUGUGGUGCGUUGGGCCUGUGAUCGAGGCUUCCGACUCGUUGGGAAGAGCAGCGCCGUGUGCAGGAAGUCCUCCUAUGGGUAUCAUUCGUGGGAUGCACCGGUCCCUGCCUGCCAAGCAAUUUCCUGUGGGAUCCCCAAAGCCCCACCAAAUGGGGGAAUACUGACAACAGACUAUUUGGUUGGAACCCGAGUUACCUACUUUUGCAAUGAUGGAUACAGACUCUCAUCCAAGGAACUCACCACAGCCACCUGCCAGUCGGAUGGAACAUGGAGUAAUCAUAACAAGACCCCUCGCUGUGUUGUUGUUACUUGUCCAAGCAUCAAUUCCUUUACCUUGGAGCAUGGAAGAUGGAGAAUUGUGAAUGGAUCACAUUAUGAAUACAAAACCAAGGUGGUUUUCAGCUGUGACCCUGGUUAUCAUGGACUUGGUCCUGCUUCUAUUGAAUGCCUUCCUAAUGGUACUUGGAGUUGGAGAACUGAAAGACCGUACUGCCAAAUCAUCUCCUGUGGAGAAUUACCAACACCUCCGAACGGAAAUAAGAUUGGAACGCAAACUUCCUAUGGCUCCACAGCCAUCUUCACGUGUGAUUUGGGAUUCAUGCUGGUGGGCUCUGCCGUGAGGGAAUGUCUUUCCUCAGGUCUGUGGAGCGGAUCAGAAACCAGAUGUCUAGCGGGUCACUGUGGAAUUCCAGAACUCAUAGUGAAUGGUCAAGUCAUUGGAGAAAAUUAUGGAUACAGAGACACGGUUGUGUAUCAGUGUAAUCCUGGCUUUCGUUUGAUUGGCUCGUCAGUGAGGAUAUGUCAGCAGGAUCACAAUUGGUCUGGUCAGCUCCCAUCCUGUGUGCCUGUCAGCUGUGGUCACCCGGGUAGUCCAAUUUACGGAAGAACAAGUGGAAACGGGUUCAACUUUAAUGAUGUGGUAACAUUCUCUUGCAAUGUUGGGUAUAUCAUGCAAGGGCCAACAAAGGCACAGUGCCAGGCCAACAGGCAGUGGAGCCAUCCCCCACCUCUGUGCAAAGUGGUCAACUGUUCUGAUCCUGGGAUUCCAGCCAAUUCCAAAAGAGAAAGCAAAAUAGAGCAUGGGAAUUUCACCUAUGGCACUGUGGUUUUCUAUGACUGUAACCCAGGAUACUUUCUGUUUGGCUCUUCAGUUUUGAUAUGUCAGCCAAAUGGACAAUGGGACAAACCUUUGCCAGAAUGCAUCAUGAUUGAUUGUGGACACCCUGGCAUUCCCCCUAAUGCAGUCCUGUCUGGAGAGAAGUAUACUUUUGGGUCAACCGUUCACUAUUCCUGCACAGGAAAGCGCUCUCUUCUAGGCCAGGCUUCCCGGACUUGCCAGUUAAAUGGACAUUGGAGUGGCUCUCAGCCUCAUUGUUCAGGUGAUACUACUGGUACAUGUGGGGACCCAGGCACUCCUGGUCAUGGCUCUAGACAGGAAAGUGACUUCAGAACUAAAAGUACUGUACGCUUUGCUUGCGAUUCUGGAUAUAUCCUUUAUGGUUCAGAAGAAAGAACUUGUUUAUCCAAUGGCAGCUGGACUGGGAGACAGCCAGAGUGCAAAGCUGUGCAAUGUGGCAACCCAGGAACAACAGCAAAUGGGAAAGUCUUUCGAAUUGAUGGGACAACGUUUUCCAGUUCUGUCAUCUAUUCCUGCGCAGAAGGCUACAUCCUUUCUGGACCCUCUGUAAGACAGUGUACUGCCAACGGAACAUGGUCUGGAAGUUUGCCCAACUGUACAAUCAUCAGCUGUGGAGACCCAGGCAUCCCAGCCAACGGACUGAGAUAUGGAGAUGAUUUUGUGGUUGGGCAAAACGUUUCUUACAUGUGCCAGCCAGGUUAUACCAUGGAGCUAAAUGGUUCCAGCGUCAGGAUGUGUACAACCAAUGGCACGUGGAGUGGACUUAUGCCAACGUGUAGAGCUGUUACCUGCUCAGCUCCUCCCCAGAUCUCUAAUGGAAGGCUGGAAGGAACAAAUUUCGACUGGGGCUUCAGUAUUAGCUACAUCUGUUCUGCAGGCUAUGAGCUGUCCUUCCCUGCAGUUCUGACCUGCGUAGGCAAUGGUACCUGGAGUGGUGAGGUUCCACAGUGCUUACCAAAGUUUUGUGGUGAUCCUGGCAUACCUUCCCAAGGGAAACGAGAAGGCAAAAGCUUUAUAUAUCAGUCUGAGGUUUCAUUCAGCUGCAAUUCUCCUUUCAUACUAGUGGGGUCAAGCACGAGGUUAUGUCAAACUGAUGGCACUUGGAGUGGCUCGGCACCUCAUUGCAUAGAGCCCACUAGGACUUCCUGUGACAACCCUGGCGUACCGAGGCAUGGAUCUCAAAACAAUACAUUUGGAUUUCAAGUAGGAAGUGUCGUACAGUUCCAUUGCAAAAAGGGACACUUGCUUCAAGGAUCUACAACACGUACCUGCCUUUCUGACCUCACAUGGAGUGGAAUUCAACCUGAGUGCAUACCUCACAACUGUAAGCAGCCGGAAAGUCCUGCUCACGCAAAUGUAGUAGGGAUGGACCUUCCCUCCCACGGCUACACACUCAUCUAUACCUGCCAACCUGGCUUCUUCUUAGCAGGGGGAACAGAACAUCGAGUGUGCAGAUCAGAUAACACCUGGACUGGAAAAGUUCCUGUCUGUGAAGCUGGCUCCAAAAUAUUGGUGAAAGAUCCUCGACCUGCAUUAGGCACGCCAAGUCCAAAGCUAAGUGUUCCUGAUGAUGUGUUUGCCCAGAAUUACAUAUGGAAAGGCUCUUAUAACUUUAAAGGAAGGAAGCAGCCUAUGACCCUGACAGUCACUAGCUUCAAUGCCUCUACCGGUAGAGUCAACGCCACGCUCAGCAACAGGGACAUGGAACUGCUGCUUUCAGGGAUCUACAAAAGCCAGGAAGCUCGCCUAAUGUUACAUAUAUAUCUUAUUAAAGUACCAGCCCACGCUUCUGUGAAGAAAAUGAAGGAAGAAAAUUGGGCCAUGGAUGGCUUCGUUUCUGCUGAGCCUGAUGGAGCCACUUAUGUAUUCCAAGGAUUUAUUAAAGGCAAAGAUUAUGGUCAAUUUGGACUACAGAGACUGGGACUGAAUACUUCUGAAGGGUCAAAUUCUUCGAAUCAACAUCAUGGUACAAACAGUAGUUCUGUGGCCAUUGCGAUUCUUGUGCCUUUUUUCGCACUUAUAUUUGCAGGAUUUGGGUUUUAUCUUUAUAAACAAAGGACUGCACCCAAAACACAGUACACAGGAUGUUCUGUUCAUGAAAAUAACAACGGUCAAGCAGCCUUUGAGAACCCCAUGUAUGACACCAAUGCCAAGUCUGUGGAGGGGAAGGCAGUACGAUUUGACCCCAACUUGAACACAGUUUGCACAAUGGUAUAACACGGCAACACGUUGCCUUCUUCAGAAUCCUGGAAAUCGACACACUGAACAGUGCACUUUUAGUUCACUGUUAAACAAAGCACACUUUUCAGGACUUGCUGGGUCACCUUUUCCUGAGGAAUGACAGAGAAGAGUGGUUUCUUUUUUUCAUAAACUGGAUCAAAAUUCUUCUUCAUGUGUACCAUGGAGAGUUUUACAGAGAUCUGGCUGCACUCUGGGAGUGCUUGCUCACAGUUUAUUUGCUUUUUUUAAAAAGGAGAUUAUUCUAAAACAUAAACUUAUUUGCAUAUAUUGGAGGAGCAUCCACUAUCAGUAUUUCUGUGCUUUAUAAACUAUAUUAGAGGGACUGGGUUAAAAAUGAUAUAGGGUAGAAAUAAGAGCUAUACUUACCAGAGUCAAUAGGUCACUGACUUCUCUUUGCUGUCAUAAGCUACAUCCCACCUACAUGUCUGUAGUUUGUACCACAUGUCUGCAAUUCAUUCUUCUUUAUCCCAGGCAUUAUUUUUCUCAUUUCCUUAGAUGCUUAUGAAUGACACACAUCUUUAAAUAAUUAUGAACUAAUUGAUGACACAGAAGAAAUAAGGUUGUUUGCCCACUCCAAUCUGGCAUUCUGUAUUUAUUUUUUAGAAAGCAGCUAGUACUAAUUUAGAAUCAUUUUCAAGUUCCUGCAAAUAGCAAGGUCAUUAUGUGACCUUUCUUAUUUCUCUAUUUUCAAAGAAAGAGUUUUAUCUAUUGGAUAUAGGAUACUCUUUACAUGUUUGCCUCAAUAUACUUUGUCAUCUCAACAGUAUUUAGGCUCGAAAAAAAUUAUCUGUAAGGAUGCCUAUUUUGACAUUAACUAAGACAUCAACUUGGUAUCAUUAUUUUUUUUAAUCAAGCACUUUAAUGGUUUUGAUAGAGUAAGUCAAUUACAUCUGCAUUUAAUUUAUGAUGUCUGCAUAGCCUUCUAGCUGAACUUUUGAUUUUUCCACUUUUGGUACUUUAUAGUUUCUUUGAGCAAAGUACAGCAUAUUCUGAUUUACCCCUUAACUUAAUAACUAAAAGAACCAAAAAAAAAAUGUUCUUUCAGAUCAACAGUAUAAAUUUGCUUCCCAAAUAUAUGUGUUCAUCAAAUUUUCACAGGUUUUGAACGUUCUGUCUAUACCCUGUUUUUAAGAAGUAGGUAUCAGGUACAGCCAGUGUUUCUCAUUGUCUGAUUAAAACAAGUUUAUAUGUUGUUAGCUCAUUGAAAGCUACAUCAUGCAGUAGUGUUGGUAUUUUUAUUUCCUAGGGCAUUGUCUUAGUCUUUAUUUUUAUCGUGUUUCAUUUCACUGAAUAAAACACAUAUCCAUUGUGGACUCUUUGUUGUUUUCCAUUUCAAAUAGGGAUUGUUCUGUGAAGGGUCUUGCUUUUUGUAUCAUGAAACAAGAGUGCCUACAAGAAACCAUUGCACCUGGGAGCACCGCGUGGAGCUAUCUCUACAUUUAGUGAAUUGCUUGGAAAACACUUUGAGAUACAUUGUUUUGGAAAUUCAUACAAUUUUCUCAACAUUGUAUUCUACUGACAGGAUGCGGUUUUCAAUUUUAUGCCAUCUGUUAUUUAUUCUUGUUUAUUCAAAAAUGACUGCAAUAACAAUGAUUCACUCACUAAUGUUAAGGUUAAUACGUUUAAGAUCUUGUUUAAACAACGUUUCUUCUGCAACUGGCUACUCCUCUUAUAUUAAUGCAUACACUUUUGUAAAGAAGUAUAUUUUUAUGAUAAAAAAAUUUGUAAAAGUAUGAUGUAAAUUUUCAG